GUUUUGCAUAUAAUCUUGCGGACCGGCUGUUUAACGAGCCUGAGAGCGAGAGAGCGAGAUAAUAACGCUGGCAAAGUGUGAGUAUCGCUUUAACGAACGUAUAUACGAUCAGAGCCGAGUCUCAAGGCAGGAGAGGAAGCCAAUGAGAAAUCACGCCUGGGGGAAAGUGUAAUUGGCCGGCGGCGCGUGUGUAUACCAGAGGAGCCGCUGCGAGAGAGCGAGUCUUCAGUCGAUCUCGAGAAACGCUCUCGAGAGGAGUUUAGUGUUGAAGUUAUAGAGCUGCUGACCGAUCCGGAGCUGUGGGAAAAUGAAAACCGUCUACUUCCUAAUUGUGCUGCUGUCGCUGUCGCUCGUCGUCGACGUCGACGCAGGAUGGAAGUUCUGGAAGAAGAAGAAGGACGACCCAACCUCCACCGAAGACCCUCUAUCCUCCAGUACCGUCGCCACUCCGAGCACGACCUUAGCCGCAAAGGUCACACCUGCACCGGCUACUCAAAAGCGAGCCACGACACCGGCUAGCGCCAACCGAGGCAUAGCAGCAGCAGCUGAUCCUGCACUUGCCAUCGGAGUCGGAAACAUAGGUGGAAACAUCCGCGAGGAUGCGAGAAACCAGCCGCGCAAACCUAAUCCUGGUACCGACGUCGGCCUGGAUAUCAGUUAUCCCAAACCUGCCAGACCUGGAGUAGGUGGAGGCAGUGGACAGGGAUACAGGGAUUGGGCUGCGGAUUUGACUGGAGCUGGAGAACCUGGUAGGCAGAGCCCUAAAUUGCCUGCUCAGGGUCCAGCGCUUUCAGGUUUUGGUGGACAGCAACCUAAUCAAGGUAACCGGCCAGCUUCUGUUCCUGGAACUCCUACCGGGCAAAAACCAGCUGUGGUGCCAGGCAGCAGACCGGCUUCGGUUCCUGGAACGCCUACCGGACAGCAGCAACCAGCUGGCAGCAGACCAGCUUCGGUUCCUGGAACGCCUACUGGCCAGCAUCAACCUACUGGAUCAACCAGAGCCGCGACACCAGUGACGCAAGCACCAACACCAGCGGCCCGACCAGUGACACCGUCGCCUCAGCAGAGACCAACCGUCACGAUUCCUCCGGCAAAUCAUGACGGCUUCCCACCACUCAGGGGUAGUGCUAACAACUCCCCAGGAGGUGUCUCACCGGCAACCUCGCCAACGGGCGGCAAGAGCUGGGCUGACGUUGCUGGAACUGGAGGCAACAGCCGACCUGGAUCCCCGACUCCAGCACCAAAACUUGCUUCGCCUACUCCUGGUCGAGGCUCUCAGCAACAGUUUGACUACACAAAACCAGGAAACGCCGGUACAGGGCAAUCAGGUCGUCCAGGUAUAGCCGGAACCGGUGCAGCAGUUGCAGGUGGCGCUGCCAUCGGAGCUGCAGCCGUCGGCGCAGCAAAUUCCGGCAAAACCUACUCCAGCAAUCCGACGUUCAGCAAGGGUAACACCAUCACUGACGACGACCUUGAGAAGCUUUCCGAGGCGCUUUUUAUCAAGGACGUCAACAACGCCAACAAGUACAUCACUCUCAAUCUGCAGAAACAGACUACCGGUCAGAGUCCCAAAGACGAAGCACCACAACCGCUCUUCCAGGUAAAACCAGAAGCCCUGCAGAUUUCCACGAUCCAGAAGGUCCUCUCGAUCUACGACAACUACAAGCUGGACACUCGCGAGAACGAGUACAUCAGUCCGGCUCAGCGUCAGGAGGAGAGUCUUCUGGUGGACACCUUCCUGAGUACCAACGUCAUGUCCAUGGCCAUGCGAUUCCUCGCUGACAAGGGCUUCGUCAAGAAGGACUACUACGAUUACAAGGACACGUUGCGUGGAAUGUGGUUCAACCUGUACUCUCGGGGAGAGGGUAAGAUUGGCAGCGCCGGUUUCGAACACGUUUUCCUGACCGAGCUGAAACUUGGUACCGAACUAUCUGGGCUUCACAACUGGAUCUACUUCAAUGCCGAGGAACUGAAGAAGAGGCUGGACUACCUGGGUUACAUCAAGAAGGUCGAUCUUGGCAAUAAAGGAGCGAUCGUUAAGGCUCACGUCAAGUUCAACGGCAUCGACAAGCCAGUGACGACCUUCUUCAUCGGUACAUCGCCCGAACUCGAGAUGGCUCUUUACACGGUCUGCUUCUUCGCUCGACCGGAUGCCAACUGUCCCGUCUCCCUUGGCGGCACCAAGUUCAACAUCGUCACGCACAAAUUCAGAUACCGCGGCAGGGAUCUCAUCGGCUCGGCUUAUCCUGAAAUUUAAGUGCUUGCAAACGCUUUUGAAUAUUUACUUUUGACUGACUAAAAAAUUGAAUACUACGAGAGAGGUUUGCAAGUGUUUAAAAAUUCUAUAGUAGAUGUAGAACUAUGCUAAAAGUUAAGAAUCUCAACGCAGCUCUAAUGACAAUUAAUUUUAAACCUGUAACUUAUUGUAAGAAUUCUGUGCAACGAUUCAUAUCCUAUAAUUUGUAUAAAUGUACGUGUAUAAGAUUUCUGAAGUGUCCUUAAUACGCUGACGAUUUGAAGAAAACUGUGAUCUUAUGGAGAUUAUGUAAUAAAGCAGUUACGACAAUUGA